CUUCUGUCUUUCCUAUAAAAGCAGCCCCAAAGGCCACUCCUCAUAAUCAACUUUAAUCUUCUUCAACAUUCCUCUUCUGAUUUCUUGUUUAUAUAUAUUUAUAUAACCCAAAAAUUCUUGCCCUUUUCAUAUCCGCCACUAUGCCGAUCGAUACAUCUGCAAUUUCCGGCCAAAUUGUGUGUGUCACCGGCGCGGGAGGCUUCAUUGCUUCAUGGCUUGUAAAGCUUCUUCUUGAGAAGGGCUACACUGUUAGAGGAACUGUUAGAAACCCAGAUGAUCAAAAGAAUGCUCAUUUGAAGAACUUGGAAGGCGCUAAAGAAAGGUUGUCUUUGUAUAGUGCCGAUCUUCUAGAUUUAGACAGCCUCAAAACAGCCAUUAUGGGUUGUCAUGGUGUUUUCCACACAGCAUCUCCGGUUACCGAUGAUCCUGAAAAGGUGGAGCAAGCCAUAAUCGGAACAAAGAAUGUCAUGACCGCGGCCGCUGAAGCAAACGUUCGACGAGUGGUGUUCACGUCAUCGAUCGGCACCGUCUAUAUGAACCCUAACCGAAGCCCGGACACAGUGGUGGAUGAGUCUUGUUGGAGUGACCUUGAGUUUUGCAAGAACACCAAGAAUUGGUAUUGCUAUGCAAAGACAAAGGCAGAACAAGCAGCAUGGGAAGUGGCAAAAGAAAGGGGAGUGGAUCUUGUAGUGGUAAACCCAAUGUCUGUCUCUUAUACACAUCUAGAUGUGUAUAAGAGACAGGUUCAAGGUUAUGUUGAUGUUAAGGAUGUUGCAAAAGCUCAUGUUUUGGUCUAUGAAACUCCAUCAGCAUCAGGAAGAUAUAUUUGUGUUGAGAGUAUGCUUCAUCGUGGAGAUUUGGUUGAUAUUCUUGCCAACUUCUUCCCUCAAUAUCCUCUUCCUACCAAGUGUUCUGAUGAGGUAAAUCCCAGAAAGAAACCAUACAAAUACACAGGUGAGAAGCUAAAGUCAUUGGGAAUGGAAUUCACACCAAUCAAACAAUGCAUAUAUGAAACUGUGAAGAGUUUACAAGAAAGGGGUCAUCUUCCACUUCCCUCCCAACUUCAACAAUGAUUUUUUUCUUUCUUUCCCAUUGGCUUGUAGACAUAACGAAAAGUUGUACCUUUUGGGGAAUUAGCAAACUUUAUGUCCAAAAGUAUAAUUUUAUUGAAUUAUUACCUAAUGCAAAAAUCUAUUAUUCUUCCGUUGAA